AUGGCAACCAAGCACCAAACCCACCAUCUGGCGGUACCGGAAUACGCUAAUUUGAGACAAUUGUUGGCCCAAAGGGAUCCGGAAUAUGUGAAGAAUUACAGCUUGACCUAUUUGUCUCGAAUUCGCUUCGGCAAAAGAAGCUUCCCGGUUAACAUUAUCCACGAUGAUUCUUAUUGCGGAUUAUCUGCACAGACGAUAAUCAGCGCAGGAUAUCAGAACAGGAUCUCGCCCCUAGAUCGGCUCUUCAAGCCAAGUUCAUCCGGCUCAGCCACGCCUGCAGGCUCAGUGGUGUUGAUCCCCUCGGAAGCCGAUCCGGCUGCACCGAAGGACUUGGCACCGUCCGCAUGGAUCAAGCCACCUAGUCGGCCCGGGUCCUGCGAGAUCCUCUGGAGUGGUGCCGCACUCUUGGAAACCGUCGCUGGUUGGAGCGCAUCUGAAAGUCCCAACAGUCUGCCUGUCUCCGGAGCCGUCAACAGUUUGGCCAGCUCUCGUACCGUUGUUGAUCUCAGUCGUGAGGCUAGCAACCUUUCCCAUCAGAGCUCUUCUCUCGACCGAUCAUCCAGCAGUUGUCCUCUCCGUAACCUCAAGCGCACUACCAGUGCACUCUCUGAGAGUCGGUCCUCCAGCAACGGCUUGCCGAGCAACCGGACCCGCGUCAAUCUCAAGCGGACCCCGAGUGGGCUCUCGGAGAGUCUCUUGAGUCAAGCCACUGACGACGUCCAGCCGGAAGUGUGGAAGGCGGGCAGCUACGACAUCUGUCUCGUCCUCGACCAUCCGGAGGUCCGCGCCAUCAACUAA